CACACCAUGGCGGCAGUGCAGACUCCAUCCGUACACACACACCGGCUAAAAAACACAUUAGAAACUGUUGCGAAGGGAAAGUACAAUAUAACAGGUAGCAUAUCAUAUAUUGUAUGAAUGUAAAGAUAGGAUGAAGAAAGUAGUGUUGGUAACCGGUGCGAACAGUGGUAUUGGCCUUGCCCUGUGUGAGCGUCUACUAAGCCAGGAUGCUCAGCUGCAGCUCUGCUUGGCCUGCAGGAACAUGCAAAGAGCUGAAGCUGCCCGUCAGGCUCUUCUAGUGUCUCACCCUCAAGCUCAAGUUUCUCUGCUGCACUUAGAUGUGGGUGACAUGAGCUCAGUGCUCAGGGCUGCUGAUGAGUUCAAGCAAAAGUACAAAAGAUUGGACUAUCUGUAUCUCAAUGCUGGAAUCAUGCCUAAUCCCAGGGUAGAUCUCAAAGCCUUUUAUAAAGGCUUGUUUUCUAGAAAUGUGGUUCACAUGUUUGCCACGGCAGAAGGUAUUCUGACCCAGGAAGAUAAGGUCACACCCAUUGGUUUGCAGGAGGUGUUUGCCACUAAUCUUUUUGGUCAUUUCCUUCUGGUGAGGGAACUGGAGCCCUUAUUGUGUCAGACGGACCACAAUUCUCUAAUGAUCUGGACAUCUUCCAGUAAUGCCCAGCGAUCGGCCUUUAGUCUAGAUGACAUUCAGCAUCAGAAAGGCCAUGAGCCCUACAGCUCCUCGAAAUAUGCGUCUGAUCUACUUAGCUUUGCCCUAAACCGCCACUACAACAGCCGGGGUUUGUACUCAUCUGUGAUCUGUCCUGGUCUGGUCAUGACUAACCUCACCUAUGGCAUUCUACCAUCAUUCUUCUGGACCUUCAUCAUGCCAAUAAUGUGGCUUAUAAGAAUAUUCACCAACACCUUUACCCUCUCACCUUACAAUGGAGCGGAGGCUUUGUUUUGGCUGUUCAUGCAGAAACCUGAGUCACUGGACCCAAUGGCCAAAUACCACAGUUUGACCUCUGGGCUUGGAAACAAUUACACCCAACCACGCAAGAUGGACAUUGAUGAAACUAUUUCAGAGGCCCUGUAUGUGAAGUUAUUGGAACUUGAGGAUAAAGUGCGUAAGAAACUGAGAGACGAGGAUCUAGAUAUCAAAGCAAAAAUCUAAUUGUGAAAUAUGUAUCAUGCAUUUCUAUCCCUACAAAGAAAUCUUCCUUAAUAUUUGUUUUUAUGAAUAUCAAAAGACUUUAUGAAAUGAUUGUGGUAGUCCAGCAUUGUUAUGAACUAUCAUGUUUUUUUUUACUUUUAUUUACAAACAAGUACUUACAUUGGCAAAUUUUAUCCAAAGUGACAUUCAAGGUACAUAUUUUAUCAGUUAUUGGUUUCCUUGGAAGUCGAACCCAUGAACUUGGGGUUGCUAGCACUAUGCUCUACUUUUUGAGCUACUUAUUACUAAUUAUUAAUUGCUAAUUAUUGUAAUAUUUACAUUAGUUUUGUUGCAGUGGAUUCCAAGGUGAAUGUUUUUUUUUUACCAUUGUAAGUACUGUGAACAGUUAGCAGUCUGUGACUCUGACAGAAAUGGGAUCACACAUCUGACAUGUAAUUUUAUCUAUUCCAUUUUUAUCUUGUCACCUAAAGGGUCUUCUUCCAAAAUUAUUUGAUUUAAUAAGAGUAUAUAAUAUAUAAAAGGCUAGUCUCUGUCAUCUCUUUCCAGCGAAUAAUUGUGUACCGGUGUGUGGAACUGUGUACAUUUUUUAUGAUUAAUAAAUUGCUUGUCAAAGUA